CUGUUGUUCAGUAUGAAUAGAAGAAGAACUGAGCCCGGCGUUAAAUUGUGGAUAGGUCAUAGGCAAUUUGUUUAAAUAUAUUAUUAUCUUAUAUACUAAACGGUAUUAGUAAAAGUUGAAUGUGGGAAGUUUGUGGUGUCCCGGGAUUUAUUUUCUGGUGAAGUAAGCUAGCAUCCAGCGUCCCGUCGCCCCCUCUUCUUCUUCUUCAUGGUUUCUGCUGGUGAGUCCGCCAGGCAGCAAGGCUAACAAAUUAAUGCCAUCAGCCAGGAACUCGGGUCAUAUUAUGAGCGGGGUGAGUUGUAAAGCUAAUGGCGCCGUGUAUCCUGCCUCAUCAGCGGUGGUGAACUCCGUAAAGAAGCCGAAGAUGGAGCAGAUUCAGGCCGACCAUGAGCUCUUCCUGCAGGCCUUCGAAAAGCCCACUCAAAUAUACAGAUUUCUCCGCACGAGGAACUUGAUUGCACCCAUAUUUUUGCACAGGACGCUUACCUUCAUGUCCCAUAGAAAUGCUCGAACAAAUGCCAGAAGGAAAAUGUUCAAAGUGGAUGAUAUGUUGCAGACCGUGGAAAAGAUGAGAGGAGAGCAGGAAUCUCCAAGCUUGUCUUCACAUCUACAGCUAACCUUCACUGGGUUCUUCCAUAAGGAUGAAAAGCCAUGUCAGAAUUCAGAAAACGAACAAAAUUCUGUGUCCUUAGAGGUGCUACUUGUCAAAGUCUGCCAUAAAAAACGCAAGGAUGUCAGCUGCCCAAUAAAGCAAGUGCCUACAGGUAAAAAGCAGGUGCCUUUGAACCCUGACAGCAAUCAAACCAAGCCUGGUUCCUACCCUUCCUUACUGGUCUCCAGCUGUGAGUUUGAGCCCAGCAACAGCCACAUGGUCAAGUCCUACUCCCUCCUGUUCAGGGUAUCACGCACAGGAAGGAGAGAUUCCAAUGGUCUGGUUAAUGGGGAGGCUAAUGAAAACAUUGAUGUAAUAGAUACUCCAACUAGAAAGAAGAGGAGCUCAGCUCAUCGAGAUGAGGGCGAGACCACAGAGACUUAUGUUGCACAGAUGACUGUUUUUGAUAAAAAUCGGAGGUUGCAGUUGUUGGAUGGUGAGUAUGAGGUGUCAAUGCAAGGAAUGGAAGACAGUCCGGUGAGCAAGAAGCGAGCCACAUGGGAAACUAUUCUUGAUGGCAAGAGGCUGCCACCAUUUGAGACAUUUUCUCAGGGACCCACCUUGCAGUUCACAUUGCGUUGGACUGGUGACGCCAGCGGAAAGUCCACUGCCCCUGUAGCUAAACCCCUUGCUACCCGCAACUCUGAUAGCUCCAGCCCCAUGGAGACCAGGACCAGCAAUCACCGAGCUACCGUCGUGAGUAAGGAUGGGGACAAAAAACAGGCAGUGAAAGAGUCAGUCAGCACAGACAUACAGACAAGGAAGGAGCAAGUCCCGUGUGAGCCGCGACAGAAGCUGCGUAUAUUUUAUCAGUUUCUGUAUAACAAUAAUACACGGCAGCAGACUGAGGCAAGAGAUGACCUCCACUGUCCCUGGUGUACCCUCAACUGCAGCAAACUCUACAGCCUCCUCAAACACCUAAAACUCUCUCACUCUCGCUUCAUCUUCAACUAUGUGCCUCACCCCAAAGGAGCAAGAAUAGAUGUGUCCAUCAACGAGUGCUAUGAGGGCUCCUAUGUAGGCAACCCUCAGGACAUCCACAGCCAGCCUGGCUUUGCUUUCAGCCGCAACGGCCCAGUCAAGAGAACCGCGGUUACUCAUAUACUGGUUUGCAGGUAACUGUUGACCAAACCGAGCCUGUCUGAGUUCCUGGAGUCAGAGGAUGGAGAACUGGAGCAGCAGAGGACUUAUGUCAGCGGACACAACCGCCUGUACUUCCACAGCGACAGCUGCAUGCCGCUGCGGCCCCAGGAGAUGGAUGUGGACAGCGAGGACGAAAGAGACCCAGAGUGGCUCAGAGAGAAAACUGCUACGCAACUUGAUGAGUUCACAGAUGUCAAUGAGGGAGAGAAGGAGGUGAUGAAGUUAUGGAACCUGCAUGUCAUGAAGCACGGCUUCAUAGCGGACAACCAGAUGAAUCAGGCCAUCAUGCUUUUUGUGGAGAACUGUGGCACGCACAUCAUCCGCCGUAAUCUGUGCCGCAAUUUCCUUCUACAUUUAGUCAGCAUGCACGACUUCAACCUGGUCAGUACAGCCACCAUUGACCGCGCCAUGGCCCGUCUGCGACAGCUCCAAGACGAACUGCCAGACACCGAGGAAGAUCAGCAGGACCCAACUCUGGUGACAGGAUUAGCUUGCAACGGCAACGCCGUGGCUUCCAGUGGAGUAAAGCAGGGCAAGAGGACAAAAAGCGCGCUAACAGACUGAUGUAGGCUUAAUGGAUGGGACGAUGAUUGUCAUUUCUUUCUUUUUAUUUCCCGUCUGUGAACAUUAUCGAACCUUUGGUGCUUAGAUUUGUGGGAGAACCUGUCAGCAGAGGAUCUGACCUGAAGCAAACCAGUAUACAAGAAACAAGUGUUGGGGACUUAAGAACUGAACCAAAUAUGAACAAUGUAAGAUUGAGGACCCACAUCUAAACAAUGCAGGAAUCAGAUGACUGGAUGAUGCAAGUUGUUCCUACUUGAUGUGCGUUUUGUAGGAUGCUGAGUUAUCAGUCGCUGGAUUGGUGCACAAACCCAGAGUCUUGUUGUGGCAUGACUGCCUUCAUUAUGUUCCUGAAACUGUAUCAGUACUACAGUUCAGCCUAUACUAGUAGUAAUGUCACUCUUAUUUGUACACAUAAACAAUAACUUUUUUUAAUCCUUUUAGCUGACGAUCUUAGCACUUGGUGUAUGUAUUUAGAAAACUUGCCUCAAAGUUGUCAUUUUUAAAGUCACGCUGCUCCAAAUGUUAACUGCAGCUUUUCCGCAGUCAGCAGUGGAACACCUUUGGGGUUAAAAUGUCACUUGUUCUCAGUUAUGUUUAAUUUGAAGGGUGAUACUGUUAAAAGGUGACGACAGUAAACACUUGUCCUUCCGCAUCCAGAGUAUAUAAAAUCUGUAAAUCUGAUGACAGUGGUAUCGUAAGCCUUAGAUAGAGAAGACAUUCUGAAUUGAAUCCAGCCUAAAAGUUUCGCUCCGUCACCCCGAAGCCUUUAGGCCUGCAAUGAUUAAAUACCAGGGAUAUUAACUCUUUAUUUUCCCAAGAGUUAUGAAAUAGCCAGCAGUACACGGCGCCGCCGCAUCAUGUAGACUACAGCGUGUUAAGACUUUAAAAUCGACUUUAAUCCUUAUGCUGUCACCC